AUGCCUCAGAUGCCGCUGGACAUCAAAAGGUUGGAAGAGCAAAGUUUUUUUCCACACCGUUUCCUGCGACAUUUUCUUGCCUUUGUACGGGCAGCUCGUGAUCCUUUUUUAUUGCUGCAUUUGGAGCGGUCAGCUUGCGAUCACGGAUGCCAAUGCGGCGUUGCUGCGGCUUGCGCUCUCUACCACUUCUUGGGGCACUUGGCAUGUCCAGUGAUUGGAUCCGCCGGGUCCAAAGCUUUUUGGGUACUUUAUUUGGCCAAUCUUUUGGCGGAUUUUGGCAUGUUGACGCGGUACACCUUGCCGGCCAUGGUCGCAUCAGCAUUCUUGUCCCAAUCAACCUUGCCUUUCCUUGGAGGGAUUGGCAGGCACUACAAACCACAAGGUGAUCAUGCGAAGAUUGAGUGUUUGUCCAGACGUGUAGCCCUUUUGCUCGGACCUUGGCUGGGCGUUUUGAUAGCUUCAUUCGAAGGCUGUGUUUGCUUCUUUCUCGCGGUGUCAGCUGCUGCCGCACCAUUGUUGUUGUGGGACCAGCCGGCGAUGGAAAUUCAGCCAAUGUCAACGGGAAAACCUUUGAUGCUGAAGUGCCUGAAGCAAAGCCCGGCAAAAUGGGUGAUUCUCUUUAUAUCAUGUUGGCAAUUCUUCUUAGCAUUUGGCUUCUAUGCUUUCAAUAUGUUAUUGGCUUCGCUCUUGUCCAAUGCUCAGCCGUGCUUGCUCGCCACGAUUGCAAGCACCUGCUGUGUCGGGGAGCUCCUUGGCGCAAAGGUGUCGUUUCUUGGGGAGCUCGUUGGGCAGCGCUUUGAUGUGGAGCUGUGCCGCCGUGCUGGUGGAGUGGCCCGAACAGCAUUGACGGUGGUGGCCUUAAGCCGGUUGAGUGCUUUCCUUACGGUCGAUUCGGGUGAUGUCAUUGCUUCCACAAGUUACUUCAGCAGUGGCAUUUUGCUUUUGUCAUUGUUUGUGUCAAUUCUGGCAGCGCGCUUGCUCAGUGAUUUGCAGAGUGAUUUGGCCUAUCACGUUUUGCUGGAGGGUGUGGAGGGCGGCACUGAAAUUCACAAGUUGGAACAACCGAUCGAUGCUUUGGCAGGGGUAGCAGGCCCACUGUAUGUUCGAAGUGUCGCAACUCACCAUGGCUUGGGUACAGCUAUGGCAGGCCUUUGCAUUCUCUACUUUGCUUUGGUUUUAUUCAUCCAGACCGGCCUCAAUCGCAUCAUUUCGCCCUUGGCGGAGACUGCAGCAAGUAUGGAACCUGCCUGGCCACCCUGGCAACCUAUGCAGGAAUCUUUCUGGCUCAGCAGGCAUGGCUACGGUUACGGCUACGGAGCGAGUCGUAGAAGCUCGAAGAAGCCGUUGGAGACCGUCGAGGACGAGAGCGACAGUGACGAAGCCUCGACCCCCAGCGACGACUCCCCGCGCAGCGAGAGUGUCGACUCCGCGACCAGCGAAGCGACCGGCAGCAUCGGACCCGUUGAGGCUGAAGUGAUCCCGCAUCAAAGGGCACCUGCAGGCCAAGUCGGCCAAGUGUCACCUUUGCCAAGACGGCGAAGUGUUACUUUCAAGGAAGACGUUCUGGUCGUCACCGACACCUCCAAAGAGUUUAUCAAGCUCAGUGCCAAGCAAGGUGGCCCGAAGCGGCGCUUCAAGGAACCUCCCGCGCCAAGCAAGCGUCAACGAAGCGCCAAGGCCAACCUGCAAUCGGACGGGAACCAAAGCAUUCCUGUCCCUCCAGAACCUUCACCAGAAGGACCAGAUGUUGAGCAUUGGAGUAGGGAACAGGCUGUUCCAACAGAGGCUCCUGCCGAUGUGCCGAAGUCACGGGAAGGAACGCCGCCCAAAUCCAGCACGGAGGUACCGGCAGAUGAACCUCCAGUCCAAGCGCAGAAGGAGAGUGGUAUGGAGGCGGUGGUGAAGACGAAUCCGCCCGUGAAAGCCACCAAAACAAAAAAGGAGAAGAAGGCCAAAUCCCGAGAAGCGAAAAGCGAGAAGCCGCCUCACACUGAGGCACCCGCGGAUGAGAAGGUUGAUGAAGAAAAAGAAGAAAGGAACGGCACUUGUAAGAACACGUCAAGCCCUGUUGAGGCUUCCACCGAGGAGACGGACCACUUGCCACGAAGGAGGUUGGAUGUAGAGCCACCCGCAGAGGCAAGCACCACCGAAGUGGACAAACAUGCACAGAAAAAGAAGGAAAAGAAGGAAAGGAAAGAAAAGAAGGACAAAGACAAGGAAAGAGAGAAGGAGAACGUGAAGCACAAAGAGAAGGAGAAAGAGAAGGAAAAAGAGAAGGAAACAGAAAAGGAAAAAGACAAGGAAAAGGAGAAGGACAAAGUGAAGGACAAGAAGAAGGACAAGAAGAAAGAAAAGGAUAAAGAAAAGAAGAAAGAAAAGAAGAAGAGCAAGAAGGAAAAGAAUCAUGACGAUGCGAAGGCGUCUGAGGUGGCCGCACCCUCACCUGAGAAGACCUCCGAAGAUGAAGCGGAUGGCCUCAUGGCAAGGUCGGCAGACAGGUCGAAGACGUCCUCCGAUCCAGGCGGGAAGCUGGAUGCCAACGUUUGGGCAGCUUCAGCCAACGCCGAGGCUGAAGCGAAAGCUAUGACAGCAGUGUCACCCUUUGAUGUGGCCGACAGCAUGCUCGGGGCGGCCUUUGGUGCCCCAAUCCAUGCGACGGGUGCCAAGCGCCGGCGCAGGCGGAGGCGGGACACCUCGCAGGACAGUCGGCAUCACCGACACAGACGCGCUCGCCGCGAGGAGUCUCCAGUGCGCCCACCUUCAGCUUGGCCUGGAGGGUGGCCCCCUAUACCGGUCUCAUACCAGAUGACGUCCCACAGUUCGUAUUUGGCUAUGGCCCCAAGACAGCACUCCUUGCAUCCGUUUGCGCCUGCUCACACCAUGCAUGCAGUGCAUGCAAUGCCCAUCGAAGUUGCACCUCAAGUAGUCCAGACAGAAAGAAGACCUUCGUUGUUGCCGUCAGUGCAAGAUGAAGAGGCCCUUCAAUACGAUGAGACCAUCGCAGAGGCAGAGGGUCGUGGCGAAUCAGAGCUCGCGGAUGGAGUGCUGAAGACAGCAGCCAAUCCUGAAGAAGUUGAUGAGAAAUCUGGAGAAGACGACUCUGGAGCCGAGAGUGAGAAACCGGAGCAAGUGGCCGAUGCCGACUCCUCCCUUCCUCCGGCCGCUUCGGUCCCGGAAGCCGACGAGGACACCGGCGAGUCAGGUGGACCGGGUGCGAAGUCAGACGAGCCGGAACAGGUCCAGUCGGGGCCAAAGGAAGCAGGUCCAGAGAGCUUGGCAGAGAGGUCCAAUCCGGAGAAGAGGUCGAGCCUCGAUCCUGGUUUGGAGCGUGAGGAACGCCGCCCCAAAGCGCCCGCCGCGCGGAAAUCGGCUCCCAUGGUGCCAUCGCGGACGCUGCAAGGAAGUGGACAGAAUGAUGACGACAGUGACUGGGAAGCAGACGGGGACCUCCAACUUGGUUUGCGAGCAGCCUUAGGCUUGCCGGACCCCAGUGAGGAACCGGAGGUCAUUGAGGUUGGCAGUUCGACGCUCCAGAGGACACAGAAAGACUGGCCACGGAUGGUAAGCUGGCCAGAAGGAAGAGGGCUCUUGCCGCUCAAGCUGCCGAAGGCGGUUUCGUGGCACGUGACCUCGUUGAAGAGUCACGAGCUUCGCCGCCGCCAGCAGCAACGGACCCCUGGAGCUGGAGCUGGCGCCUCUCCAGGUGAUUCUGUUGCAGGAGACCCUGAGAUGUACACGGAGGUGGUGGCAUCAGUGGCACCUGUCUCAGUGGCAGUGGCUCCGCAAAAGGUAGAUGAGGCAAAACCACGACGUGGCAUCCGCCUUGCUGGAGAGUACAGGCCGCCCCCUCGGCUUCGACUUCCACGUGAUGCCCAGCCGUGGAAUGCCGCCAACUACCGCGGGACUGAGCUGGCUGCGCGCGCCAAUGCUCGGAGAGAAGCUGUUCAACAGGCUGGGCCUGACUACACCACCAAGCUGGUGGGACUCAUGCGAAACCUGGAGAACCACACCUCCGAGCCCGCCGAUGUGCUGAGACUCUUCUGGUCGACGCUUUCAGCAGGAGAACGGAUUCGGUUCACCUCCGAAUUCCCACAAUUUCUGCAUCAUUUGCCAAAGGAACCCAGAUUGCGAGCAAGCUGA